AUUUGUUUUUCUCUAGAAAACUUCCGUUGCUUGUGCACACAUGAGAAAGGGUUUGGUUUUAAGGGAAGUUCCUUCCAUCGAGUCAUUUCUGGCUUUGUAUCCUUGGUGUUUAUCUUAAAAUUUCAUAAUGCAGGUAUGCUAUCAAUGGCUAACUCAGGACCAAACUCUAAUGGUUCUCAGUUCUUCAUCACGACCGGAAAGACCGAGUGGCUUGAUGGAAAGCACGUUGUGUUUGGACAAGUUAUCAGUGGCAUGGAAAUAGUAAAGAGAAUAGAGUCCCUUGGAAGUAAAUCUGGGAAGCCGUCCGACAAGGUCACGAUCUUUAACUGUGGAGAACUUGUUUGAGAGCUAGUGGUAUUCUGCGAAGAGCUUGUACAGAUUUGUUUGUUAUUUCUAAUUAAAAUUAACUAUUCCA